AUGCCAGCACAACUGAGAUGGCCCAAUUUAAAUCAAGCAGUCGUGAUAGCUGAGCCAUUUUUGGGUAAUAGACAACUAUGUCCCGAAGUCAUUAUAACACAAACGGCCAUGCCAGUGAAUGUUCCCGCCGUGCCAGUAAUGCCAUUCGUUACGGAAUUGCAGAACUGUAACGAUUUCUGUUUCAAAGAUAUCUUAGCAUCUCCUUUGGGAUGUUUGGACCCUAUUCUAAGCGUGUAUGGUUGUGCCAAUGAAGUGGUGAAAUUAGAUCUGCCAGUGAGUCCUCUUCUGCCAGCCGCGUCGCCAGUGUCAGCGAUUGCACCGUUCUCAAAGUUCCUGCCACCAGCUCAACUGGAUAAAUGUGAUAGUCUUUUUGUCAAACGUGUUCCCAUUCCACCCCCAUUUAUAUAA